GCUGACUUCGUCUAUGGGCAUGCUCGAGAUGAAAUAAUACUGUGGUUUAACAGUUCUCCUACUUCUCCAUUGUUUCCCUGUCAGAUGGUGAAUUCAAAAACCCAAUUUACAACAGGAGCACGGACCAGCUCAACAACCUGUAGAGAACAAAGGAGAGUUUAAACAGCGGUUGAGAUAGUUUUUUCAGUAUCAGCAUGCUUUCCAGUUAUGUCCAUUGAUUAUUAAUUUGUGAUAUUGCAUUUCUUUGGUGUAUAAUUAUGCUGUAUUUCCUGUACAAGAAGCAGUCUGUGUAUGUGUUGAAUGAGACAAACUUGUGUAAGAUUUUGGCUAUUUGAUGCAUGUCAGAAGCAAUAUUUUUUUGACCAUAUAAAUUGCUUUUAUGCUCUCAGUUUGAGUUGCUGAUAAAAUAAGUUGUUUUGGUUUUUUUAACCAAACUACACUCAGUUCUCACAGACAGUUUAGAGUCUCGGGUUCACUUGCAUUUAUUUAACUAUGGGAGGAUACAGAGAGAACAAACACCACAAAAUGCCCCAGAAACGAGCUGAUUUAAAACACAGGCCCCUCAUACUGUGAUGCAACAGAGUUACUGAAACUUCUUGAGUUGCUUUUACUCUCCUGCGAGUCGCGCCAAUUAAACCAAAUGAGAAGCAGCUGCUCCACCUGUGACCAGAGUCUCAGUAUCCAAAGAUGAAGGCCCACAGUACAGACUUCAUUUUGGUGACAUGCCUUUCUUUAUCACUGCUUCUCUUGAAACCAGAAGCCAAUGCUUCUUCAAAACCAUUCCAAGCAAACGUUUCUAGCACUAUGAAUAGUGGUACGUCAAUUUGCCACGAUGGGUUCAUGUCUGUUUACAUAUCAAAGGAGCAAUUUGCUGAUCUUCCUCUCACCAUUUAUGUUCAAGAUGAACAUGGCGGAUAUUACCAAGCCAUCGCUGUAGCAAAACAGUGCCACUACUUCCUUGGAGAAACUGACACCUUUGUUAUCUUAACAGUUUCCUCUGAUGGUUGUUUUGUGAGAAGACAAAAAUAUAUGACAAAUCUGACUGUUGUCAUCAUGGCACUUGCAGACAGGGGAAGAGUUGAAAUUAUCUACUCAAUGCAUCUCAUCUGUGACUGGAAAAUGAAGGAGGUAAACAAAAAUCAUAAUCCACAAAUUUCAACACAUGAAUUCUGCAACAAGGAUGGGUUCAACAUUACCAUCCCUCAGAAUGCAACAGUCCCACCUCUGAACCUAGAUGCAGUCAGGAUUCCUUCCAGCCAAAACCAUACCUGUAAACCCAAAACAAGAUCCAAGGAUGCUGUCACUUUCAGCUUUCCAUUCACUGAUUGUGGCACUCAGUCUGUGAUAGCAGAUGGGAUUUUAACCUACUGGGUCAACAUUGAGGUGAAACAUCAUCUGCAGAAAGGCUUUAUAUUUCGUGACGCACCUUUCCAUCGUACUGUGCAAUGUAGCUUUGCACUGGCCCAAAUUACUCAGCUGGGCAUCAAGGUUCAGGGAGAAAAAUCAGAGUACCCAUCAACACUGAGGAGUGAGGGGAUACUGAGGACUGAAAUGAGGUUUGCCAAAGACUCCAAUUACAAGUCUUUCUAUUCUUCCCGAGGCUCUCAAACAGUCACUGAGCUUGGCCAGCCUGUGUUUGUGGAGGUGUUUGCUCUCAAACAUGAGGACAAGGAUUUGGUGCUGCUACUGGAGGACUGCUGGGCGACACCGACUGAAAACCCUCAUGACCCACAGAGAUGGAACCUGCUUGUCAAAGGAUGUCCUUUCAGAGGCGAUAGCCACAUAACUGUUGUGUUGCCAGUUGUCCCCGAAGGACUGAAAUAUCCCUCUCUUCAUAAACGGUUUGUGGUCAAGCUGUUCUCAUUUGUGAAGCCCCCAACAUUUGAAAACCUGGUAUAUUUCCACUGUGAUGUAGAGAUCUGCAAAGGACCCGAUUGCUUACAGUCCUGUAGCAAUGGAAGUCGUAAAUUAAGGCAAAUCACACCGGGGCCAGGACAGGAGAUUCUUCAAAGUGUCGUUUCUGGUGGACCUCUUCUGUAUCUACUGUAAAUAAUCAGAAAAAGGACUGCUAUUUCAAGUCAUGCUUGGAAACACAAUUGUGAACGGUUCAGUCAAGAUCUGUCUGUGAUUUGUAAUGAAAAUAAAUCCAUACCUUACUUAAAUGAAACUACGUUAGCAGAUGGAUGUUGGUGGUGGGAAAGGCUUGCAUUAUUUAAUAAUGUUUUAAUAAGUGUCCUUUUUUCAUCACUGUACUGCCACUUGCUUAUUUCAAUUGGUUUAGGGAGAUUGUAUGUACCCUGUAAGACAUGCAAUCAAUUUUCAGAUCACUUUGGGAACAUUUCACACCCACAAAUACUAAAUGACUGGUCCUAAACUUUUCUUUUUUUACUCAUUAUUCAGAUUGAAUUUGUUAUAUAGAAACAGAGAGUUAUGGACUUGUGUACAAAUCGACUUAAUAACUUAUCUUCUGUGUAGUUACUGGGGUUUGGCACAUUUCUGUGU